UCUGCUUUAACCGUCACGAAUGUGAAAUCUUUAAUCCCAAUCACUCUAGACAUGGAAACCGGCCAUUAUCACGAAUGGGCGACACUAUUCAAAGUUCUAGCCUGCGUCCACUCCGUACUUGAACACAUCAUACCACCAACUGACACCACUGAACUCACCGCGUACAACGCAACAAAGGCGGCUAACCUUACGCUCUGGAAACGGCUAGAUGCGGUGGUCCUUUUUGCUCAACUUUUCCAAGAUAACAAGCACUCAAGGGCAGCGUAUCUUGAAACUGAAUUCACCACCACAAAAAUGGCCGACUUCGGCUCGGUUAUGGCCUAUUAUAAUAGGCUCAAGUCUCUCGCGGAUCAGCUUGCCAACGUGGGGUCGCCGGUGUCCGACCAACGUCUGGUCUUACGCCUCCUUGCAGGCUUACCCGAGACAUAUGCACACUUUGUCACCACCAUCCAGCAGAAGGAUGUGCUGCCC